AUCGCCUGACGCGGCUUCCAAAAGAACAUUCAAGUAUACGUACUGGUGACGCCAAUCAUCACUAUUGGACUCUGCUUAUGGCAUCAAUAGAUGUACAGCCGCUACUACAUAAGCAAUUUCUUGCAGAAUGUUCCAAAUUCACAACGUGAAACACGUCCACCCAAUCAACCAUGACCAGCUCAGAAACUUCACCGUUACUCGAAAAUGGCAGCCAUUCAGGCCAGAGGAAUCUUUCUCUUACUCGUCGUGUUGUCAACUUCAUGAAAGGCGAGGAUGAGCCAUCAUGGGCAGAAUCUUUCAACUUCUUUAUUUUCGGCACAUGGUUCAAUAUUCUACUCGUAUUUAUACCUUUGAGCUUCAUCUCUCACAGUAUGGACUGGGACGCUGGCCUAAUAUUUUUGUUCAGCUUUUUGGCCAUCGUCCCUUUGGCUAAGUUGUUGGGCGAGGCUACAGAUCAACUGUCUGUUAAAUUAGGGGAAACCAUAUCAGGUCUCCUUAAUGCAUCAUUUGGGAAUGCUGUAGAAAUCAUCGUCGGUGUUGCUGCUUUACUCAAUGGCCAAUUGCGAAUUGUUCAGACGUCCAUGCUUGGAUCGAUCUUGUCAAACAUACUGCUCGUCCUUGGUUGUUCGUUUCUCGCCGGUGGAUUAUAUCACAAAGAAGGUGUUUUCAAUGGUACUGGAGCUCAGGCAUCUGCCUCCCUUAUGGCUUUAUCGUGCAUCACGCUCGUUAUUCCUGCGGCCUAUGCAAGUACCACAACCGCUGGAAUGGAGAAUUAUUGCAGUGAUCCCUCUGAAUGUCCCACUGCAGGUCUACUCUUUAUUUCCAGGGGAACUGCCAUGUUGCUCCUGGGAGUUUACUGUGCCUACCUUUGGUUUCAGUUAAAAUCUCAUUCCAAACUCUUCAUUUCGCCUGCUUCACCUACGGGUGAACCAAACAGUGAGGACACGGUGGCAACGACGGAAACGGAGGAAACAGUGCCUCGCAUGGGAACAGCCGCUGCCAGUGUUGCACUUUUAUCGGUAACUGUGGUCAUCGCAUUUUGUGCUGAGUAUCGUAAGUCUCCCACUUUUUUUUCAUUUGGCCUUAUGUUCGAUUGUUCAAUUGUGCUAGUGGUUUCCUCCAUCGAAGAAACUGCAGUCCGCUAUUCCAUCCCGAAGGCCUUCAUCGGUGUUGUCUUGUUGCCGAUCGUGGGCAAUGCUGCAGAACAUGUCACUUCAGUCUGGAUGGCAAUGAAGAAUAAAUACGAGCUUACCAUCACCAUUUGCGUUGGGAGUUCGAUUCAAAUUGCCUGCUUCGUAGUGCCACUUCUUGUGAUCGUCGGUUGGAUAGCCGAUCAACCCCUGACGUUGCACUUCCACAACUUCGAGACAAUCGUCCUUUUUGUAUCUGUCUUCCUUGUCAACCUGUUGAUCAUGGACGGAAAAUCGAAUUAUAUGGAAGGUCUCAUGCUCCUUACCCUAUACGUGGUCAUCGCCCUUGCUUUUUGGGUGACCUGAGGUACCACCAUUAUUGUAAUUAUUGGCGCCCAAUAUUUCCCGACGCGUCCCUCCCUGAUACACCUCAGUUCCUUUGACGGUGGGGGCCAAAGCAGCUAGUAAUUAAUUUCCGUGCAACCUAUUUCUUUAGGCGUCACUCCG